AUGGAAUUUGUUGAGUUGGAGGAUCAAGGGGACGAGGGUAGUGUCGGCUCGCACUGGAAGAUGCGCAACGCCAAGGACGAGCUCAUGUCACCAGUCGCUGGUAUGGGCGUGUAUACGGCGAUGACCAUUUCCGCAAUGGAAGACAUGGGAUUCUACAAAGGCAACUACACAAACGCAGAGGAGAUGACUUGGGGCAAAAACGCCGGGUGCACGCUGUUGGAGGAAAAGUGCAUCGUCAACGAAACGAGCAUGGAGCCUUCGAUGUUCUGUACGACUAACAGCAUACCUGGCGCAUACCUGUGCCCCAGUGAUCGAACAGGGUUGGGUACUGCACUCUCACCAUGUAUGACGAAGAUCUGCCUUCCUACUUUCAGUACUUCAGCAUCCCAACCGAAGGUGGCGACAUAUACAUGGACUACUGCCCGGCGGUGA